AUGGCCAGCCCCUCCCCACCCAUCGCGGCUCCAGGGAUAGAGUUCACGGCGCCGCCGCCGGGGCGCGACCACACGCAGGAUUGCUCGCUCACCUACGCGCAGUGGAAGGAGGUGGACGCCUCCACGCGCCACCGCCUCUCGCUCGACGCCCGUGCCGCGCUCGGCUACACCGCUCAGAGGAUCUUCGCGCGGUUCAUGGCCAUCACCAAGCUCACGCUCCGCUACGCCCAGGGCUCCGGGACGGACAGCCUCUCUGACGACGGGGCACGCCAUGUGGUCGCCGCGCUGCCGUCCGAAUGGCUCGCCAGGCUCAAGCUCCGCGGCCUCCGGCAGCUCUUCGACGACGGGAUUGCGUCGCUCGCUGGGGCCACGCCGGUGAUCCGUAAACUGUCCGUCGCAUCCAUCAGUUUUGGGCCGAAGGCCUUCGUCACCGUCCUCCGGUCAUGCCCCCUCCUCGAGGACCUCUCCGUCAAGCGCCUUCGCGGCCUCCUGUAA